AUGAAUAUAGAUUCGUCCCAUGAUGAAAUACUACAUACAACUAUCAAUGAUUUAAUUGAAAAAUGGAAACUUGGCUCAACAUUACUCGUAGAUACAAAAAAAUGUGAAACUAUUAUAGAGAUUUCAAAUAAAAAAAAGAAUAUUUGUUUUUCAAAAGCAGUAGCUGCAGAUGGAUUAGGAGCUGGAGUUUCUCAGCAUGCUGUGCAAAGUUUUUUGGCGACUAUUGGCAUUACAUCACAAUGUUCUAAAACAAUUUAUCAUAAUCAUCAACAUCAUCUAUUUUCAAAAAUUAUUGAAUUAGCAAAAUCAUCAACAAAUGAUGCAAUUAUCAAAUGUAUUAAACACGUAGAACAAUCACUUACCGAACAAGUUAAUAAUCCAACUAAAUUGGAGUUAUAUGAAAAUAAAAAAAUUCUUCCAAUAAGUUUUGAUGUAUCAUAG